GUACCAAUGCCUCCAGGCUCGGCGCUGCCGAGCACGGGGGGAUUGCGCGGUUGCCGGGAAGCCUGCCAUCUACGAGAGGGUAUGCCAGUGGGAGAACGUCAUUUCUACGCUGCGGGGAGCCAUCGCCGUGGCCACGUGGGAUGACCCUCAAGUGCUCCUCCGUGAGAUGGAAGGUUGUCGUUUGCCGCUUGCCAACAUCGUUGAACCAACUUUGGGCGGCGGCAACUCUGAAGGAUCGUAUGCUCUGACAACUAUAGCAUCACGAUUGACCAAACUGGAGCUGCUGGUGUACAACAUCGGCACUGACCUAGCCUCAGCAGAGGAGAAACUUCUACGGGUCACUGACCAUGAACAAAGACUCCUGGCCAUCGGAAAAGGGCUCCUCAAGGAGCUGAAGAACCUUCAGAAAAAGGUGACUGGGCUUGAAGAUGAGAUCGACAAGCUUGGCUUUCGCACGAGUCGCCUCAUGAGGGUGGGACGUCGUACGGAGAAGUCCCUUCGGAGCAACGGCCUCCUACGUGACGGAGAGUUCCUCAGCCGAUCCAGACUUUUCAUCGACGUCUUUGUCUUCAAUUUCGAGGUUCAUCCAACUUGCAAUUUCCGGGUGUUGGACGUGGUGAUCGUGGGAAAUGCCGACGGCGACAUCUUUGCGUCGCCCAAAGCUUACAAUGACACUAUGAAGUUCCACAUCCGUGCGCUCCGGGAGAACCACUCGAUUCAAACGCUGGACACAACCGUGAUGUUGAGUCGCACCUUCCGCUACGACAAGCUCCACAUGGAAGAUGUUGAGCCUUUGACCAAAGAGAUCGCCGAAGAGGACCAGGCGUUGGAACCCAUCAAUCAGGACAACGCCGACUCUGAUGACGAGAUGGGAGUCGUGGCCAGUGAUCGUGUUGUGGAGGAGGAGAAGGAGCUCGACAUCGACGAACUUGAGACCGUGGCAUCUGAAGAGAUCAUUGAAGAGGAAGAGUUCCAUGAUGUCGAGGCUGCACAGGGGGACCCGGAGCCCAUGGAUGUCUAUGAAGAGGACCUCAACAAGGCCAAGAGCUCUGGCAUAUUUUCCGGCAAGGCUGGCAAGUCAAGUUCUGCGUCUGCGUCGGCGGGGGCCACGCCUCCUAUGCUGAAGUCCAAGUCCAAGGCCAAGCCCGAGAAGAAGGAUCUCGUGUGGAUCGAGCCGGACAACAUGGUCGGGGUGCCCAUCAGGAAGGUCGACUACGGCAGAUUGAGUGCCAUCUCUCACUCCAUGUCGGAGUACCUCCGUGGGCAUCGACUUUUCCAUCGUCGACCGUCGCCAGAGAUUCGCAGGAAGAUGACCAUGUACCUCCAAGACGCGGAGCUCAACUUCCGAGGGCGUCAAGCUGCGAAUCGAAAGCUGCUUGGCUUCUCCAGGAAGGAGGAACUCGAAGUUGAAAAGGGAACAGCCACCCGGGAGGGUGAGCCUGCGACUGGUGAUCAAGUGGUCUCCGGCCACUCCGUCCAGAAGGUGACUGCCAUGACGAGCACCGAUGCUUGUGGCUUUCAGCGUCGAGGAGUUCCCCAAGACGCGGUGUCUUCAUGCCCCCAGUGCUUUAGGCAGAUCGAGCCGGUGACCGAUGCCAACAUCGCCACUCAGGUAGCCCGCCGGGAGGCGACACAAGUUGAGCCGACCAUCGCAGAAGGCAACAUCGUCAAGUUCGGGGCCUGUCCGCACAAGGAGCACCUACGGGAAUUUGCGAGACAUGGCGAAAAACGAUGUCCGGUCCUUCAGAAAGAGAGGCUUCGGGGACCUCGUGGACCGAUUGCAGCGCGAUCCCUUUGGUUGGCCGGCUGCAUCAGCCCCACCAUCGAGAGGACCAAAGCCCAAGUCUUGGGGGAAAAGUUCGAAAUGGCCACCAAAUUGGUCUAUUGUUCCCUCCGCUAUACGCGAGAAAAAGACGAGCUUCUUGACCUCCAUCAAGAAGUCUUUGUCAGCCAUCGCGGAGUGUUCCUUGACAUCGGUCAGUUUGCAGUCUAUGUUGCCAAGUUUAUCAAACCGAAGCAACGACCACUGCCGAUUGUCUAUGGAUGGGGCAACAAUGACUUCCUGCCUGAUGCCGACACCUCCAAGGUCACAUCGCAGCGGCGGACAGCAGGCACCGAAUUUACC